AUUCAGACAAACCAUUCAGGAAAUCGCCAGGAUUGAAGAGCAAAUAUUAAAAAUCGGGGCUAUCGCUUUUUGUUUCUCCGCUUGGAUCAAAUCAUUGUUCUUCAGUUCCAUAUCGAUCCAUUGGUCCGUUCGAACGGAAUAGCCUUCCUCUGCCUCCGGAUUGAGACACACACAUAGGUACGAGGAUGUUCAAGUUUUUGAAGGGGGUGGUGGGUGGAUCUGGUACGGGCCUCAAGGAUCUGCCCUACAACAUAGGCGAUCCGUACCCUUCUUCUUGGGGCUCAUGGUCUCACUUUCGUGGAACAUCCAAGGAUGAUGGAUCCCCUGUUUCAAUAUUUGCUCUUAGUAGUAGCAAUGCUCAAGAUGGACAUUUGGCUGCUGGGCGAAAUGGUGUCAAGCGCCUUCGUACUGUGAGGCAUCCAAAUAUACUGUCAUUUCUCCACAGCACCGAGAUUGAAACUCAUGAUGGUUCUGCUACAAAGGUUACAAUCUAUAUAGUGACCGAACCUGUUAUGCCACUGUCUGAAAAGAUAAAGGAGCUAGGCCUGAAAGGCACACAAAGGGAUGAGUAUUUUGCAUUGGGGCUGCACCAGAUAGCUAAAGCUGUGAGCUUUCUGAACAAUGACUGCAAGCUCGUUCAUGGAAAUGUCUGUCUGGCGAGUGUUGUUGUUACACCUACUUUGGACUGGAAACUCCAUGCUUUUGAUGUUCUGUCAGAGUUUGAUGGGAGCAAUGAAUCUGCAAGUGGUCCCAUGCUGCAAUACGAAUGGCUUGUUGGGACACAAUAUAAACCAAUGGAGCUGGUGAAAACUGAUUGGGUUGCGAUCAGAAAAUCUCCAUCAUGGGCCAUUGAUUCAUGGGGCUUGGGUUGUCUAAUUUAUGAACUCUUCUCGGGCACCAAACUGGGAAAAACAGAGGAGCUGCGCAACAUUGGAUGCAUUCCUAAGUCUCUGCUUCCAGAUUAUCAGCGUCUCCUAAGUUCCAUGCCGUCUCGCAGAUUGAAUACCUCUAAAUUACUGGAGAAUGGUGAAUAUUUCCAAAAUAAGCUGGUAGACACUAUACAUUUUAUGGAGAUCCUUAACUUGAAAGACAGCAUCGAGAAAGACACUUUCUUCCGCAAGCUUCCAAAUUUGGCUGAGCAACUUCCUCGUGAAAUAGUGCUGAAAAAGCUACUUCCUUUAUUAGCCUCUGCCCUUGAAUUUGGUUCAGCUGCCGCCCCUGCAUUAACUGCAUUACUGAAGAUGGGUUCCUGGUUAUCGGCUGAAGAUUUCAGUGUAAAGGUGCUGCCAACCAUAGUCAAACUUUUUGCUUCCAAUGAUAGAGCUAUUAGGGUUGCUCUUCUGCAACAUAUUGAUCAAUUUGGAGAAUCAUUGUCUGGGCAAAUUGUUGAUGAACAAGUAUUCCCUCAUGUUUCCACUGGAUUUUCAGACACAUCUCCUUUUCUUCGAGAGUUGACUCUUAAAUCAAUGCUCGUGUUAGCACCUAAGCUUUCUCAGCGUACAAUUUCAGGAUCCCUGUUGAAAUACCUUUCCAAACUGCAGGUGGAUGAAGAGCCUGCGAUUAGAACAAAUACCACCAUAUUACUUGGAAAUAUUGCCAACUACUUGAACGAAGGGACGAGGAAAAGAGUUUUGAUUAAUGCUUUUACAGUGCGUGCACUGCGAGAUGCAUUCCCGCCUGCACGAGGUGCAGGGAUUGUUGCAUUAUGUGCCACAAGUUCUUAUUAUGAUGACGCUGAAAUUGCAACUAGGAUUCUUCCAAACGUUGUCGUGCUAACCAUUGAUCAAGACAGCGAGGUUCGAUCGAAGGCAUUUCAGGCUGUAGAGCAAUUUCUGCAGAUACUGAAGCAGAACUAUGAGAAGACAAAUGCUGGAGACACAACAGCAUCGGCAGGAAUCUCAUCAGUUCCUGGAAAUUCUGGUCUGAUUGGAUGGGCUAUGAGUUCUUUGACUUUAAAGGGAAAGCCCUCAGAACAAGCACCGCUUUCUGCUUCUGUUUCGGCCCCUUCCCUGGCUUCUACGGCCUCAGACGCAAGCACAGCAAUGGAGACGCCAAGUGUGAAACUGAGUCAUGCACGUUCCAACUCAGACUUUACAGAUCAACCUGCACCUCCGUCCCCAACAUCAACGGAUGGGUGGGGAGACAUAGAGAAUGGGAUCAACGAAGAUCAUGACAGCCAGAAAGAGGGAUGGGGUGACCUCGAACCUCUCGAAGAACCGAAGCCUUCCCCAGCUCUCGCCAACAUUCAGGCUGCUCAGAAACGGCCCUUCUCACAGCCUGCUUCUCAGUCUUCUCGGCUUCCAGUUCAAGCUACAACUUCAAGACCAAAGGCUACCACCGUGAAGGCAACCAAAACUGAGGAUGAUGAUUUAUGGGGAUCGAUAGCUGCUCCGAUGCCUGGGGCUACUUCAAGAGCCUUGAAUGCGAAAAGGGCAGGACAAGAUGAUGAUGAUGACCCAUGGGCCGCCAUUGCUGCUCCAUUACCGACCACCAGAGCAAAACCUUUCACGGCUGGUCGAGGCAGAGCAGCCAAACCUGCUGCUCCUAAAUUGGGUGCACAGCGCAUAAACCGAACCUCUUCUGGGUACUGAGCCAAGUCAAAAAAACACUCCAAGGAAGAGGAAGACAGGACAUUAUGUAAAUUUUAUAUAUAUAUAAUCUGCAGGUGACUCGCUUUCAUAUAAGCACAAUGGACCAAGCGAUGAAUGUCAUAAACGAAUUAUUUGAUUUGUAACAUCAUUCUUUUUACAUCAAAGAGUGCCCCCAUACGUUUCA